UGUGCAGAGGAGGCCGAUUUAACCUGCAUUUGUGUAAUUCAUUCCAAGCCUUACUCUACGAUCUUCCAGUUUUGAUUAUAAUCUUACUGCUCCUCACCCCCGCAUAACACAAGUUAUCUUCGGGAUAAACUCAAACGUACCAUUGGAUGAAGUUCUACCUGUCUUCUUUCCACCUUCGCCAAGCUUCGUGAACGUACUUGGUGGCUUUGUGGAAUGGAUGUCUUACAACAUUUCCAAAUGAAUAGUAUCCCUUCUUUUUAUUUGUAAUGAUCAACAGGACUCCCAAAUUACUCGCUACUACUCAUACGUGUUUAUUUAGGAGUAAUGUAUUUCCGAAGUUCUUAGUCAGUAAAUCAGCGUUGGAAGUGUUUCCCACUAGCUCCCGUGAUGUGAACGGAAGAUACAAAUUAUUUAAAAGAGCUAGUGAUGUACCUCGUCUUCCCGCUACUCGAAUUCCAACAACGAGGUUUCAGCACUCUCAUAGUGGUCCAGAUAGUCUAUUAAAUCCAAUAUUGGAACCAAAAGCGAUUUUAUCUGAUUGGACCAUCAUUAGACGACUUCUAAAAUAUGUUUGGCCAAAGGAUAGACCGGAAAUUCGUUUGCGUGUAGUCGCAGCAAUGGUAUUGUUAUUAUCUUCCAAAUUUGUGAAUGUUUUGGUUCCAUUUGUUUUCAAACUUGCUGUAGACUGCUUGUCAGGAGAAACUCCCUUACUAUUAAGCGAUACAAGUCCUACUACCGCAGCUACAACUAUUCUUAUUUCGUAUGGUUUAUUCAGAGCUACUGCUUCUGGUUUAAAUGAAUUACGCUCUGCAGUUUUUGCUAGGGCUGCUCUUUCUUCAAUUCGUGAUGUUGGAGUUCAAGUAUUUCGACAUAUGCACAAUCUUGAUUUAAGUUAUCAUCUUGGCAGACGAACUGGUGCAUUAGGUAAAGCUAUUGAUCGUGGCGCUAGAGGAAUAAAUUUUAUAUUGACUGCUAUGGUUUUCAAUUUAUUUCCUACUACAUUUGAAGUUGCUGUUGUCACGGGAAUCUUGUAUUAUAAAUAUGGAGUAGCAGCCAGUACAAUUGCAUUAAGCUGUAUAGCUGCUUACACAUUGUUCACAUUUGCUGUUACACGUUGGCGUACUCAAUUUCGUGUUCAAAUGAAUAAAGCCGAUGGACGAGCUGCAAGUCAAGCUACAGAUUCGCUUAUUAAUUAUGAAACUGUAAAAUAUUUCAACAAUGAAGAGCGUGAAGCAGAAAUGUACGACAAACUUCAAGCUCAAUACGAAGAGCCAGUCUUAGAACAACAACUAGUUUAGCUGUACUGAAUUUCGGUCAAGCUGCUAUAUUC